CAAAAAAUGAAGCGAGGAAAAAGCCGGAGGCUGACAUUUUCUCCAGGGUGUCCGCCGCAGGGAACCCAGCGCUGAGAGCCCCGGGCUUUGAACAGACACACCACUGAGGCUUGUUUUGCAGACACAAUCAGGACACUGAUCCAAGUGCAACAACUCUUAAGGGCAGAGGAGUGCUCCCCGCUUGAAUCCCAUCUGACAGCAAAGGUGUCCGCGAGAAAGACGAGACACCUUUGCGUUUGGAGAGGACAGUUUGACGGAAGGGGCUAAUUGGUUUGGAUCUGUCUCAAGGGACGUCUUGACACUGACGACUUGACGCUGGGUUUUUGUGUGCGCGGUGCUCGUGAACCCCAGUGAAGGGCGAGUGGAUGGAGCUGGAGAAAGCUGUAGUAACACAAGCAGAUCGUUUUCCUCUGCCUUGAAAAGCAAGAUCGCUCAGGACUCUUGGCUCGGUCCACCUGAGAAAGACUCCGGUCAGCCCGAGUGAAGGGUCACUGAGCUCAGACUCUCGCCUUCCCCUGACUCACAACUGUACACACAGAGAAGAAAGUCACACACACAGACACAUCUGAGCAACCGCGCACACACACUCAGUUUACACAAAGACUCUUGGAUACACAAAACCUCAUCCUUGCAUAAGUGCAGACACACACUCAAACACAGGCCCUUCAAGCAGGAUGAGGGAACCUUGGAGGUACCUGCUGGGCCUGUGCCUCCUGGCAUGCACAGCCUCCACCCACAGUGCCACCAACCCCUUCGCAGGGCAGCAGACCCCUCCGGACCCCUGCUACGAGGACACAGGUGCGGCCCGCCGCUGCAUCCCCGAGUUUAUCAACGCCGCCUUUGGCAAGGAGGUAACGGUUUCCAGUGUCUGUGGCCGGCCCUCGUCCCGCUCCUGCAGCGUGGUGGAGCGGGGCGACGAAAGGCCCUCCGUACGCGCAUGCCAAAUCUGCGAUGCAGCCGAUCCUCGCCGCGCCCACCCUGCUUCCUACCUCACCGACCUGAACUCAGCUCACAACCUCACCUGCUGGCAGUCGGAGAACCUGAACGCCUCUCCGUACAAUGUGACUCUCACCCUCUCGCUGGGUAAAAAGUUUGAGAUCACCUACGUCAGCCUGCAGUUCUGCUCGCCUCGACCUGAGUCCCUGGCCAUAUACAAGAGCAUGGACUACGGCAAAACAUGGAUGCCCUACCAGUUCUACUCCUCGCAGUGCCGGCGCAUGUACAAUCGGCCCAACAAAGCGACCAUUACCAAACAGAACGAGCAGGAGGCUCUUUGCACAGAUGGCCACACUGACCUCUACCCUCUUUCUGGAGGACUCAUUGCUUUCAGCACUCUGGAUGGACGACCCUCCGGUAAAGACUUUGACAACAGCCCGGUCCUCCAGGACUGGGUCACCGUCACCGAUAUCCGUGUGGUCUUCAGCCGGCCUCAGCUGCCCCGGGAGCUGGGGCCUGGGCCUGGAAGCAACAACGGAGGGAGGGACGACGACCCCAUGGCAGUCACGUCGACACUGCCGACCUAUUUCUAUGCGGUGGGAGAUUUCCAGGUGGGCGGGAGGUGUAAAUGCAACGGCCAUGCCUCACGCUGUCUGAAAGACAAGGAAGGCAAACUGGUGUGCGACUGCAAACACAACACAGAAGGACCCGAAUGUGACCGCUGCAAGCCCUUUCACUACGACCGGCCGUGGCAGAGGGCCAAUGCUCGAGAGGCCAAUGAGUGUCUGCCGUGCAACUGCAACCUCCACGCCCGCCGCUGCCGAUUCAACAUGGAGCUGUACAAGCUGUCCGGGAGGAAGAGCGGAGGGGUCUGCAUGAACUGCCGUCACAAUACGGCAGGACGCCACUGCCACUACUGCAAGGAGGGCUUUUACAGAGAUAUGGCCAGACCAAUCACUCACAGAAAAGCCUGCAAAGCAUGUGACUGCCAUCCUGUGGGCGCAGCCGGCAAGACGUGCAACCAGACCACAGGCCAGUGUCCCUGCAAGGACGGCGUCACCGGCGUCACCUGCAACCGCUGCGCCAAGGGCUACCAGCAGAGCCGCUCCCCUGUGGCCCCCUGCAUCAAAAUCCCUGUGGUCAACCCCACAGCUGUGGUGAGCAGCACAGAGGAACCAGCAGAUUGUGAGUCCUAUUGCAAACCAGUGAAGGGCAACUUAAAGAUCAACAUGAAGAAAUACUGCAAAAAGGAUUAUGCGGUGCAAGUCAACGUGGUGGACAUGGAGACGGUGGGAGACUGGGCCAAGUUCGCGGUCAGCGUGGUGUCGGUGUACAAGAGCCGCGGCGAACCCCUGAAGCGGGGCGACAACAUCCUGUGGGUGCACAUGAAGGACCUGGCCUGCAAGUGUCCCAAGAUCCAGAUGAGCAAGCGGUUCCUGGUGAUGGGCGGCAGCGAAGGCGGAACGGGCCCGGGGGCGGGUCCCGGAGUCGGGCCCGGGGGCGGAGCCACCAGUCCGGGAGGAGAGCGCAUAGGCCUGAUGGCUGAUAAGAACAGCCUGGUGAUCCAGUGGAGGGACGUUUGGACGAGACGUCUGAGGAAAUUCCAACGCAAAGAGAAGAAGGGGAAGUGCGGCAAAGCAUGAUGGGAAAGCAGCGUCCAUCCCUACCUCUCCCUCCAUCACACACCUCCAUGAACCCUGACUUUUGACCCCCCCCCCCGAAUCCUUCCUCUCCUUCCACUGUGGGAACACUGCACAUUACAAAGACGGCAUGUACCCUACCUGUUUUAAGGACCACGUUUUGUGUAUAUUGUAUAAUUAUUUUCCUUUUUAUUUUUUGGAGAUUUGUCUUUGUAAUGCCACUUGUGUUUUUGUCCAAUUGGUUUGCCUUAAAAAGGGACCGUUAAAAAGGGUUUGAAGUGUAGACAAAAGCAGGCGCCAUUCCCUCACUCGACAAAAACAGCGGAAUUGUCCACACGUCCCCCAACCGCAACCUUGUCCCCGUGUUAAAAGUACCAGUGUUCACGCGUCACACUCCUCUGAGGAUUUUAUUCCACAGUGUUUGACUGACAAGCCGGGCUGCACACCUUCAGCUUGGCGCCCUCAUGUUUCAUUUUUGAAACCAACCCCAGCACGAGCUGGACAACCUUUCCAUGUUUGCUGUUAAAAAUGUUCAUAUAAAAUGGGCCUACUUGCUCCAGGUCGCCGCAGCUCGUUUGGACUGAAUGAAAGCUUCUGGUCCCGUGAGGAACUAAGGGCUCCCUUUGCAGGGACACAGCAACGCUCAGUCACACCGACACCACGCAGCCCUCACAGAAUGAACUGCUCAUGUUCGUCAGAGUUGUAUCUACACAUACUGUAUGCGAUGCCACGGCUCAUAAUAGAGUUUGUAUUGUUUGUGUGGCUUCUUGUUAUCUCAUCAGUCCAUACCCCAUCCAUGUCCUAUUUUGACGUUUGUUUCAUUUCAAGCAGAAAAAAAAAAAAAAAAAAGAAACCCUGUUGGCAUGUGUGAGUCACAGCCCAGGCCUCCGGGGCUGUGCCUCUUCACCACUGGUCCCUCUCAUGAGUAGUUUAUAAAGUCAUGCAUCACCAUCAUGACUCAUUGCUUGUCACUUACUCUGGAAGAUAGAUUAAGCGGUGUGGACAAAUGGCUGGAAUUUCAGAACAAUACUAAUAUUUCCAAGGAGACUUUUUGCCUCACGGAUAAUGUCUUCCGCUCGGUACUAGUCUUCCAGAUGUGGCGGAGCGGCCGGUGUCGUUUCUUCGUCUUUAAGCGAACAUUUUCUGAUGCGUCUGAGGACUGGCGAGGCAUCGUUGUGCCGUAUUAAGAGAUUGAAACGAGAGUUCCUUUUAAUGCAGUAUGAAGAAGAAGAAGAAGAAAAAAAAAUCAACAAGUCACACAAACAACAUGUUUUUCUCUGGUGUAUUUUGACAAAAUGAAUGAGGCUGGAAAGUUUUUAGUGCUCACUGAUUGUAUUAUGACAUGAGAGGCUCAUAUUACAUUCCGCAUGUGCUUUGUUAUGUUUGCAUGUUUGUGGUUUUUGCUGGUCCAUCAAAACCUUACAGCGAGCAGAGGGAGAACUAAACUAAUACGAGCAUCAAGAUCCAAAGGAAAGCGUCUCGAGUCGUCCUCCACCGCUCGCCCCAGCCUAACGCAGAAGCCUGUCAUCCUUUGCCAAAUAAGCGUAGUCACUUUUUAAAUUCAAUUAAGAGCCUACGAAAGGACAGACGCAAACCACACAGAGAGCCGUCUGGUUGCCCCGAAGCUUUUUAUCUGCCUUCUGCUGUUAUUCCAUUUUUGUGAAGGACGUUACGUUUUAUUUAAGAGGAGCACAAGAUAAACACGGUUCUCGAGGGGCACGCCGAGCUAGCAUAGCAGCGUGUCCACAGGCAUCUCAUGCUAGCUGGUGGUUGCGUUCUUUUGGCCGCCGUGGUAUGUUUGGCUUGUCACUCCUCCAAAAGUGUCUCUCCUCUGCUCUCGUCUCUGUGUCAGCCACCACCCUCCCCAGACUCGGCUUUUAACCCGUUUCGCAUGUUGUGUAUUUAGUGUCUUAGGUAGGCGACAGCACGGAAAAGAGGCCGCCGGACUCCUCUGUGGUGUAAUAGUGCUGCACUGUAGUUCUUAUUUUCACGUCCUCAGAGAAUGUAACUGCAAAGAACGCGGCCACGCGGGAGAGCGGUCUGAUCCGACCGCGUGUGAAACAACCAGAGUUAAGAACGUGGACGGCCGCUCCAGACGUGGUUACACGUCUUCGCGCCUAUAUGUCUGUGCGACAUUUUUGUAGUCCAAUCCAAAAACGACUCGUAACCAAAAUGAGUUCUGCCGUGUGACAAAAUAAAGCAAAGAGGAACAAAACGAGCAUUGGAGUUUAUGAUAGCUCCACACCUGGGGCACCAAUCCCAACUGAUGGAAUUUCACAAAAAUGCAGAACCAAACAGUCAAUUAUUUGUGCGUCGGCCGUCCGCAAGUGGCCGGUCAGACAGGUGGUGUUGCAGCGGCACCGGCCUCCUCGCCCUGGUAUGUGGGUCUGGCGUGACACAUGAUGGAUGGUCGGAGUACGUGCCCGUGAGGCCUGUCUGGCACUCAGCUCCUCGAAGCAUGGAGAAACCAUUUCUUUCGAAUAGCGUUGCACAAAAUUCUGUACUGGCCUUGCUUUCUUUAAGUGCCCACCCUGAACGUUGGAAUAAAAUGUUCGAAUCAGCCAGAUUUUGUUCGGGGGGGUGGAAGCGCAGCCCUCGUGAAAACCAUUUAGCGAGCCUCAUAGGGAGAGCCGUCCUGUUGUUUUAUAUUAACAAGCCCAGCAGCUUGGCAGUGGAACUGAGGCCACGUAACUGCUUUACUUUGUUUCCCCUCCGCUUUUGAGCAUUUAUGGCGUUCACAGGUGUAUGCGUGUGAGUUUGUGUGCUUAAUUAACCUUCCAGAGCAAACAAGUCGCAUUCACGUGAACUGAAAGCGCGUGGGGGUAAGAGGACUCUCGUUGUGAAGGGGCGAAGUCGCUGAGUUUUACAGCUGGUUAAUGUGCGCGCGGGAGUCUGGAGAGUCCACGGCGAAGAAUCAUCACACACACACGUCCCGUCAUCCUCCGUUCGGCCCGUUUGAGAAGUCUCGAUGCAUUUUUGACGUUGUAAAUAUGUACUGAACUGCCUCUGCCAUUCAUGUUGUCUUUUGUGAAGCGUCUUCUCGGGCCUGGGAUGACUCACACGUAUGGAUGUACAAACCAGAUGAUUAUGGAUGUUAUAUGGAUGUAGAAACCAGGAACAUAUGCUUUUGUGAUCACGACCAGAAGAUGUGGUUCAGAUGUUACACAGAAUGUAUUCCCCCCUUUUUUUUCUCUUUUUUUUUUCUUGUUUUAUGUUGUUUCCAGACAACAGCCGCCCAGCUGUAAACGACUUUGAGGUGAAUCGAGUAAAAAAAAAAAAAAAAAAUGUGACUGAUCGGACCCUCUACUUUUCCCAUAGAGGUGCAAUCGAAAAAACCGACGCAACAGCUCACAAUGUUCUGUUACAUUAAUGUCCCGGGAAUGGUGGGGAAUCAUUCACACUAAAAAUGUCCGCCUACCUUUCUUUGGGGAACAAAGGGAGUCCUUCCCUCAGUCCACAGCCCUGCUUUUCACUUCUGUUAUAUCAAAGUCUUCCUUGUACAUUUUCCUCUGAGGCAAUGAACCACUGACUUUUUAAUCUAAACGGUAAAAAAAAUAAAUUAUUAGUUAAUGAA